CGGGAUUGUUCUUUUGUUUGACUAGAGGGGUCAAGACUCCUCAUUAUAUAGUCUCAUGGUUGCAAUUGAGUGCAUGCUAACUGUAGUAUAGACGGCACAAUGUUUCCCAGGUGCUUCGCCUUCCAAAGGCUCUCGCAACAAUAUCCCAGAUUCUCCCGGUUACCUAGCUUACAGGCUACGGCCUCGCGUCCAACAUGGAGAUAUUUCUCGUCGAGUAUCCCCCGGACAAAAGCCGCCGUGAAACCCCAACCCCAAUCACGUAAAGUCGCAACCCCCGAAGAGACCCUCAAGUUCGCCGGGAGACGACCAGAAGGAUUUGGAAAGCUGGAGCGCAAGGUCGCGAAAGAAGGGAAUGUCGUCCUGUUCAAUGCACCAUCCCACCGCAGCUAUAUCUUCGGAGCCUACAGUCUUGCAGCAUUCUGCUUCGCCUACUCAGUAUACAACUCCAACAUGAUCUUCCGGGACCCAAUUGCCGUUGGCAUCCCCAUGUGGCAGCAGACUCUAUUUGGAGGUGUCUGUAUUGCGAUGAGCGUUAUGGGCACGGUGUUUCUGACCAAGACCGGACGUUUGAUCAAGUCCGUCAAUGCGGUCAGCUCGAAUGGCCAGACACAUAUCCGUUUCAGGGUCCGGUCUAUGGUUCCCUUCAAGAAGCCGUUUGAGUUCGAUGCCCUCCCUCGCCAGAUUGUUUUCUCUCGUCGGCUUGUGGUCACUCCGGAUGGGAACCGGACGCAGCAGCCUGAAGCCCCGCGAAACACGAAGCUAUCGGAAAUGGAAAUCCUCAAAGCACCGGCAAAGAAGAUCAGCGUUGUGAUCUGGACGAUAUUUGCGAAUGUGCGGAAACUCUUCACUCAAGAGGGCGUUAUUCUCUUGGAGGUUGAGGGCCAGAAGGGUGUCUUCAGAAUGGACUCUGCUGGUUUCGUGUCGGAGGAUUUCUUGAUGAUUGGGAAUCCGCUCGAUAUCAAACGUCGAUCGUGAGGAUUCGUCUCUUCUGAUUACUUUCUAUGAUUGAUACCUUCAUAUGCUGUUUUACUAUCUACUUUAUAUGCGGCCUAUCAAAAGCUGCCUCUGUACUCAAUGACACCUGUAUAUACUGUCAAACUUGACGCUUUUUACGAGCAGAA